ACUGAGAGAUUGGCGUCCUGGAGGAUCCGAAGCGGGAGGUCUGCCCGAGCUGGGCUCUUGAGGAGUCCGUAUCAACAGCUAUGGCUCCGACAGGUCCCAGCGGCUGCUCUCCGGAAGGGAAUAGCUCGUAACCAGGGGAUUUUAGGGGCUAGGAGGAUCGUAGGCUGCACUCGGGGGUCUAGAUGGGCUGGGCGCGCGGAGUCUUGGGACCGACGGGGUGCCUCCCGGAGGGCCUUUGCUAAGAGGAGGGCCCUUGCUAAUGGGCGGGCUCGGGAUUUUCAAAUGACUGGCACGGAGUUGGCUGAGUAAAUGCGACGACGUGAUGGUUCUUGUGGCCCAGUGGCCGUUUCAUAUCUCUCUUAGAAAUUCUCGCGGCCUGGGAGGCCGGGACACGAUCGAUAGGAGAUGACUGAAGUUCCUGGAUGUAAUACGAGACAAAUCGUGUUUGCACUUUUAGGCCGUGAAAGUUGCCAUUACAGAGAAAGAGAAACAAACAUUCAGAGUGGGCCCUGUAUGUAACCCCCAGAUAAACUUUUCAUUCUAAUAACAGGACAGUCCAUCACCAGAAAAUAGAGAUGGCCCCUUCGGACUCCUUUCUUCCAAGGCGUGCCAAAGGGACAAUGAGCCCGAUAUGGGCAGAAUUCAAAUGAGUUGGACAGCGUGGUGCAGAAGCUGCAAGCAGCCCCCAGACCCUGGAGAUGGCACCAAAAAUCAAGAAAGGAUUGAAAAGCUCCUUUGAUGAUAUCCUUGAUGACCUCCUGGGGGAUGAGACGACACUACCUGAGAAGCCUGUUAAACUAGCUUCACGUGCCAGAGAUAACACAGGUGUAACCCAGACGCUGCCUUCUGCAAGGGCUGGAGCAAAGUCCCUCCUGGAAGAUGACGCCUUCAGCACUAUGGCAGACCUGGAAGGAGCUGACGCUGAGGUUUCAGACGUCUCAGAAGCGGACCCACAGGCUUUGCUUCAGACCAUGAAGGAUCUGAACGACAUGGAUGCUGAUCUCUUAGGUCUGAAGAAGUCUCGUCUAACCUCUAGCAAAAGUGCUGCAAAGGGUUCUGGGAAAAUAGAGCUGCCCAGCAACCCCAAGCCUGCUGGCGUCUUCACAGCCAGUGAGAAAGGGGACGCCCUUCCCACCAAGAAGCCACCUCCCUCUCCCAGCAGCUUUGGGCAUCAGUACAGGAAGUUUUCCUUUGAAGACAAAGAAGACACCGGGGGCGAUGAGGACUUCAUCUUUGGUGCCUAUCAGCCCACCAUGGGCUCCUCCGAGGGCCGGCAGUCCCGCCGGCAGUCCGUCAGAUUCUUAGCGGAAGGCAGCACCGACCUCAAGGGAGAACCAGGCUCCAGACAGAGCACCCCAGUGACACCCAGCCCCACCCACCCCAGGAAGGGAGGAGCUGACUGGUUGGGCCUCAGGGACGAUGACUUGGACCUGCUCCCUCCGUCUCCCACCAGAGAGCCUCGAAGGGAAGGCUCUGUGCUCGCCACACCCUCCGUGCCCCAUCCUGCCAGCCGGCAUUCUGCCCCAGGUGGGCACUCUGCCCCCGCUGAGCUGCCCUCCUCCUCGGGGGCAAAGCCGCCACCCCAGGGUGCAGAUUCCCCUGCCAAAGCCAGCCAGGUUUCCCAGCCGGGCGCGCCUGAGGAGGACGAGGAGGAAGAUUGGCUGAGCCAUACCUUGUCUCAGAGGAAGUCCCAAGGUCGGGCCAGAGAGCAACACACCACGACCUCUAAGGGCCAGAACUCGGUGGGGGCAGCGCGCCAACCCCCUUCCAACAGCCCUCCUGUCGCCAGCAUUCAAGGGCUCGAACAAGGAGCUGCUGGAGGGACCUCAGGAACAGCAGCACAGAAGCCACCUGCCAGGCCUGCCCCCUCGGGGUCCCCUGUGACUUCGAAUCAGGCCGUCUUGGCUGUCCAUGCACAUGACCCAAAAAAAGACACAGCCUCUGGAGUCUUCUCUGGCACUGAGCCUGUGAUGUGCUUCCCAAGCUCCCAGAAACCCACAGGACUUCCUGUGCCUGUCCAGUCCCUGCUCCCAGAGUCCCUGACACAGAGCCUAGUGCCAGGCACAGAAUACCAGAAGCAGUUGCUGGCUGCUCAGAUGCAGCUUCAGAGUGGCACUGCUGAGCUCCAGACUGAGCUGCUGCAGACCCAGGCCCGGCUGGCAGACUUGGAGGCCCAGGUGCGGAAGCUGGAACUGGAGCGGACCCAGCACAAGCUGCUGCUGGAGAGUUUGCAGCAGCGACACCAGGCUGACCUGGAGCUCAUUGAGAAUGCUCACAGGAGUCGCAUCAAGGUGCUAGAAACGUCGUACCAGCAACGCGAAGAACGGCUGCGGAGAGAGAAUGAGGAGCUGUCCAGCCAGUACCUGUCGCGCUGCCAGGAAGCCGAGCAAGCCCGGGCCGAGCUCACAGCCCAGCACCAGCGGCGCUUGGCAGCUGCCGCGCAGGAGAAGGACCAGGAGAUGGAGCGGCUCCGGGAGCUGCAGCGGGCCUCCAUCCUGGAGAUACGCAAGGACCACGAGGAGCAGCUGCAACGGCUGAAGCUGCUGAAGGACCGGGAAAUCGAUGCUGUCACCAGCGCCACCUCCCACACACGGUCCCUGAAUGGUGUCAUCGAGCAGAUGGAGAAGUUCUCCAGCAGCCUGAAUGAGCUGUCCUCCCGUGUGGAGGCCUCGCACCUCACCACCACCCAGGAGCGGGAGCUGGGCAUCCGGCAGCGGGACCAGCAGCUCCGAGCACUGCAGGAGCGGCUGGGCCGGCAGCAGCGGGACACGGAGGAGGAGCGGAGCCGGCUCCAGGAGGUCAUCGGGAAGAUGGAGGCCCGCCUGAACGAGCAGAGCCGGCUGCUGGAGCAGGAACGCUGGCGGGUGAGCGCCGAGCAGUCCAAGGCGGAGUCCACACAGCGCGCGCUGGAGGAGCAGAGGAAGGUCAUGGCCCAGCAGAUGGCCAUGGAGCGGGAGGAGCUGGAGAGGGCCAAGAGUGCCUUGCUGGAGGAGCAGAAGUCCGUCCUGCACAAGUGCGGGGAGGAGCAACGACGCCUGGCGGCCGAGUGGGCGGAGUUCUCGGCCCAGCAGAAGCUGAGCAAGGAGCGGGCGGAGCGAGAGGCCGAGCGAGCCCUGCAGGUGGACUCCCAGCGGGAGGGCAUCCUCGUCAGCCUGGCCAAGGAGCAGGCGGAGCUCAAGAUCCGGACAAGCGAGCUCCGGGCCAAGGAGGACCAGCUGGCGGCCGAGAGGGAGGCUCUGGAGCGCGAGCGGCAGGAGCUGCGGCUGGAGAAGGAGAGGGUCAACGCCUCCUCCCUGCGCAUCAGGCUCCGAGCUGAGGAGGUGGACAGGCUGAGCCAGGUGGCCUCCGAGAAGUACGAGGAGGGUGAGCGGGCAUUACGCGAGGCCCGGCAGGUGCAGUCGGAGCAGCAGGCCCGGCUACAGCUGGUGCAGGAGCAGCAGGAGCGGCUGCGGCAACAGGAGCAGCACCUGCACCAGGAGCACCUGAGUAUGGCCCAGCAGAGGCUGCAGCUGGAACGUGUCCGGCAGGACCUGCCCUUCGGCCCCGUGGGUCUGCUCACCAGGGCCCAGGGCCUGGCAACUGGCCUGAGUCCCAUUGUGGCUCCUGCUCCCACCAAUCCUGUCAAUCCUCGGUGCAGCCAGCCGUCAGCCAGCCUGGGCCCCUCGCACCUCCACACCAAGCUGGUGCUGCUGAAACACCUGGCUGAGCAGGACCGAGACUUCUUGGAGAAUGAACAGUUCUUCCUGGAGACCCUGAAGAAAACCUCCUACAAUAUGACAUAAGCCUGGAGGGCCCCGCUGCUUCCUCAACAGAGGCGUUAGAUUCUGGCACGCUGGCCCACUGCCCCGCUGGCUGCUGAGUCUGGGAAGGGGGUACCCAGGGAAGGCUCUGCGAUGUCCAGGGCCUGAUUACAGCUCUUCCUGUGGACAGGGUGCAAGCACAUGCCUUCCAAAGGCUCCUGCCCAUGGCUGAGGCAGGCAGGCAUCCCUGUGCUUCUGGGGAUCCAGGUACAGUGGACUCUGGGAGACACGAUGCUGAGGGUGUCUCAGCCCCAAAACACUGUCAGCCACAGCUUUGGUUCUCCUGCCCCACAGAUGUCCAGCUCAGACCCAAGGGUCUAACUGGGCUCCGUGCACCCCUCCCCUCCUUGGUCAUCAGAUGGUUUGGGGAUCUUUUCGCCUGGGCCUCUUCUGAGGCAGGGGGUCUUCUCGAGGGAUCCCACAAGCAGCCUGCUGCCCUCCCGGCCUGAGAGCCUGGAGGAGACAACAUGAUGUCUCCUCCUUAGUGGGGACAUGGAGUCAGGCCACACACAUUGAAGAGCCUUCUAGCCUCCUGGCCGAGGGGGUGGGAGGGGCAGGGGCAGGGAGGGUGCCGUGCCAGCCAGGUUUCACCUCACAGUCCAACACGGUCUUGGGACUCAGCCAGCCCUUCAUGCUCUCAGGUGGGCUCGCACAAAGUCCCCGCCUCGUUCCCAGCUGCCUGAGCGACUAACUUGGCAUGGACACUGGCCUCGCUGGCUUCUUCACAUAGGCUCUCCAGAGGCUGGCUGUGCUGUUCACCUGCCACAAAGCCACAGCUGGGUGGGGAUGAAGAUGACAGAGCACAGGGGAACCGGGAGGGGCCACGCCCAGGCUGGGCAGGUGGGCAGUUUUCCGCAUGUGGGUGCUCGGUCAACACUGGCUGGAGAGGUGCUAGAAGGAGAGGGGUGGGAGGGUUGCAGACGCAUGACAGACGGACUCAGCGAAUAAAAUCACAAUUCUAAAGCA